CAUUCUCUUCAAGAUGUUUCCGGAGGUAGUCUUUUCAGGAUGGAAUUUAUGCACAUGAUGACCAAACUGAGGCCGUUUGUUCAGUCAUUUCUAAAAGAAGCCAGUGAGAUGUUUGUGAUGUACAUAUACACAAUGGGAGAUAGGCCAUAUGCGCGACAGAUGGCGAAGCUACUGGACCCCAAAGGAGAGUACUUUGGUGAUCGGAUCAUUUCUCGGGAUGACGGCACGGUGAGACAUCAAAAGAGUCUAGAUGUGGUGCUUGGACAAGAAAGUGCUGUUCUGAUUCUUGACGAUACAGAGAAUGCGUGGCCAAAUCACAAGGACAAUUUGAUCGUGACAGAGAGGUAUCACUUUUUCGCUUCGAGCUGCAGACAGUUUGAUCACAAAUACAAGUCUCUGUCGGAGUUGAAGAGCGAUGAGAGUGAACCCGAUGGAGCACUUGCAACUGUCCUGAAAGUCAUAAAACAAGCACAUGCUCUUUUCUUUGAGAAUGUGGAUGAAGACAUAUCUAAUAAAGAUGUUAGGUUGAUGCUGAAACAAGUGCGUAAAGAGAUACUUAAAGGAUGUAAAGUAGUGUUCAGUCGGGUGUUCCCAACCAAGGCAAAGCCAGAAGAUCACCCUCUGUGGAAAAUGGCUGAGGAACUGGGAGCAACCUGCGCAACUGAAGUCGAUGCUUCAGUGACACACGUGGUAGCUAUGGAGAUGGGAACAGAGAAGGCACGUUGGGCUGUGAGAGAGAAGAAGUUUGUGGUGCAUAGAGGAUGGAUAGAUGCAGCUAACUACCUGUGGAAGAAGCAGCCAGAAGAGAACUUCAGUUUAGAGCAGCUCAAGAAGCAACAAGGAACAACGGAAGAAGAGUGAUGAUAUAUGUAACCAAUGAGAAAGAAGAAGUGAUAAACUUUGUUGUUUAAUUGAUUAUGAAGUAAAGUUUUGUAACCUUAGUACAUUUGUAUCUCUGAUCUUUUUGAUAUUCCAACCAAGAUACUAAUUUUUGAAUGAUACGAAA